UGGACGCAGUUCGUUAGUAAGGCAGUGGAUGGGACAAGACAAGAAAAAGUUUGGAAAUAAAAAAGUACAGUUACAGUUAACUCCGCUUGAUUAUUACCGCGUAGAAAACUGGUAACUGGUAUGAUGGGGAUGCGAGGGAUCUUCGAAAAGGGCCAAUGGCCAGCGUCGGGCGCAGAGUGGUGGAACGCGCGAGGAAAAAAAACCAUAUAAAAACGGUUUUCGAUGCGUUGGCAUCGGCAUUCGAUGUUUUAAGUUUUAGUCUUCGUAGACAACAUUCAAAUUUGAAUUUAAUAGAGAAAAAGUGUAAAGGGUUAAUUUUUUAAAAGUGUGAAUUUAUAGAAAUAUACCACAAUGUCGAUUAAAAUUGAAUUAUGCGCAAUAGUUUUGGUGGUAGCAUGCGCGACAUCUACAUCAGCGUUCUUUCUAAGUUGGGGAUCGCCACAACCGGUUAAAUCGCAACAUCCGCCUCCACAACAACAACAAACACAACUACCUCAGCCCUACCCACCAACCCUUGCAUAUUACCAGCGCGUGGUGCAACACCAACCGCAGUAUGUUGACAACAACGGAGUACCAAUGCAACCACUACAACCGAUUCCCUCCAUACCAAUUCAAGUCCCCCUACAAGCACAAUUCUCCCCUGCGCCAGGAAUACACAACGUGCAACUUGUGCCCUGUUUAUGUCCAGUAUCGCAAGAUAUGGAACCCAUUGAAAAUGCUGCGUUUCCUUCCUCACAACAGCAGCAGGCGCAACAGCCACAACAACAAAUGCAACAACUCCAACAGCAGCAAUUGCAACAGAUCCAGCAACAAAUUCAACAAAAGCAGAAUCCGUAGAAACUCUGGUGACAUUGUAUUUUAAACAAGAAAAAAAAACAAUUAUUUAAUUGUAGAAAUUAUAGGAAGUUGUGCACUCUAUUAUACCUCCAUAGACACAUAUACACUAAUUGAAAGACUGAUGAUUAUUAAUUGUAAUGUAAAGACUUGACGAAAGACUGCUAAUUAUACGUUUUAAUAAUUUUUAACAAAAGAGAAAGAGCGGCGGACGAGUAUUAGCGACUCAUAAUUAUAGUUGUUUUAUUUAAUUAUUGCAAACUGUAAAUAUUUAAUAACUUAUUUAUUAUUGUAGUGCAGGAAGAAACGGAACAAUGUUGCAAUUUAGUUUAUAUCAUUUAAUAGUAAAUAAUUAAUGUCACGAUGGAAUAAUAGACUGUA